AUAGUACAGGACAAAACUCGAAGCAGAAACUCAACUCACCAACACAGUUGCAUUAUUUUCUUUCCAGAUCCAACUCAAAAUAAUCAACUGUGGUUAUAUAGUGAGGAGAAGAUCGCCCAAUCAGUGAAGCUGGCAUAGUUAUAAUGAAUGUGAUCAAGGAGAGAACAAUAGUUUCAAGUUUCAAAGAUAGCACCUAGUUAAUUCUCAAAACUAUUGUGCAAUGGGAGUAGAAGAUACAGAUAUUUGUAUCAUCAAGGAGCCAGAUCAUGUUGUAGUCUAUUCAGAUGGCAUUUCCCAUGAUUCAGGUCAUGAAGCUGGAAGUGAUCAUCACAAUAUUACAGAGUCUUAUGAACAAAUCAAUGAGACUACUGAACAUCAUAGUUCAGAGGAGAGUGCAAAGGAAUAUGAGGUGAAGGAAUGUACAACAGAAAUUUCUGUUAAGGUCUCUGAUGUCUCUAAUGUUAAAAAAUGUGAGGAUAAGUUAACCUCAGAUUCUGAGGGUGUCCUCAGUGAGAAAAGUUUUAAAUCUCACAAAACAAGGGGUAAACAUAAGCCACGAGAUACCGGGAAGAAUGGAUCAAGACCUCCUGUUACAGGCAGUGCCCAAAUCAGGCCCACAGUUCCACAACCGUUUUCCCUAGCAACUGAGAAGCGUGCUUCGAUCGCAACUCGUCCUGCUUUUGAAGAAGACAACAAGGGCAGUAACGAGAGAAAAUCUUUGAACAAAAAAAAUGUGCUAUCUCCCAAUCUGUUUAAACAGAAUCAGUUGAAAUCUCCUGUAGUUUCAAGAAUGCCAUUGCAACCUGAUAACAAGAAGCAUCCUGAUGAUGAUGAUUCUUGUUCAGUUGCUUCAAUAACUGCAGCUUCUGUGAGAUCAAUCAAGUCCAGGACAACUGUUGCUUCUGCUCCCGUGUUUCGGUCUACUCAACGUGCAGAAAAACGGAAGGAGUUUUAUUCAAAAUUAGAGGAAAAGCAGCAAGCAAUGGAAGCUGAGAAGAAUCAAAGUGAAGCUAGGACCAAGGAAGAGAUGGAGGAAGCUAUCAAGCAGCUAAGGAAGAGUCUAACUUUUAAAGCAAGCCCUAUGCCAAGCUUUUACCAUGAAGGGCCUCCUCCUAAGGUUGAAUUGAAGAAGCUUCCAGCCACGCGAGCAAAAUCUCCAAAGCUGGGUCGGCGAAAGAGCAACAAUGGUGCAGUUAAUUUAUCUGAAGGUGACAAGGAGAAAGGAGCUGGAAUCAGGAGAAAGCAUCACACACCGAAGACCAACAACUAUGGUGAUAAGAGUGAUGUAAAUGGCUUAUCUGACCCCAAAAACAAGACCAAGCAUAUUGAAGGAAUUAAUGCAACCGAGGUAACUGGACAAGCAAACUUGGAGAUUGGCAGCCAGUGAAGUUUUCAGUGAGAUUAGAUUCUCAUUUUUCUAAUUUAUAUGUAUCCAGGGACUGUGGUCUUGUUUCUUGCAACAAGCAUCUUCACUUUGUUUUUCCUUUUAACUUAUGAGCACUUGCUGCUGUGUGCAUUGUGUAAUUAGUGAAAGUGUUUAUUUGUAAUUUAUUUCAAAUUAUUUGUAAAAUUCAAUCAUGUUGCUCAUAAGAGCAAUUUGAGCAUUUGUUUGUCUGUCUGAAGUCCAGGAUCAGAUUGUUUUAAGUCGCCAUUAAAUAAUGCUGUUCGAUUAACAAUAAUUAUGUUUCA